CUCCAUCACAGCAAGAAAAGAGGAGAGCGCUUCGCUCUGUCAACUUUGGGGAUUGGGAUGUUGGGAGCUACAAAUGCAUGCAUUUUAUUGGCUAAACACUUCAAGUAAAAUCUUAAAUAAAAAGCAAAGAAAAACCUGGACACUGCCAAGAAGGAUUAUCUGUAUUAUUUUAUGUGAAUUUGUUUCUUGCAAGAGGAGGGGAUGCAAGGGACUGUUUUAGCUUUAAGUUAAAGCCUGCCACUUGUGGCAGCAAACAAACAUUAACUUCUCACCCUGAGAGACAAGCAGCAAAUAUGGGAGACAAAUUUGGAAGAAAAGUAGCUGCUGCAAUGAACCGUCUGCAAGUGGUGAAGGGCCUGGAGGAUGUGGAGGUGUCCGAGUGUGAGAGCUGUUCCUUUGAGGUGACCCUUAACCUGGCUUACAUAGAAGGCAUCUGGAUGAAGGAUGGGGUGCAGGUUAAGUCAAAGCCCAACUGUCGCAUCAGCACACAUGGGAAGAAGCACGCCCUUGUUCUGAGCCGGGUGGCUUUGGGAGAUACUGGCUUGUUCUCCUUUCAUGCCGAUGGCAUUCAGACCUCAGGCCGGCUCAGUGUCAAAGCCAGAGACAUUCACAUUUUGAAAGAGCUGGAAGACGUGGACACCAUUGAGCGGCAGCCUGUUACGUUUUUGUGUGAAGUCAACCAAGAGGACGUGGACAGUCGGUGGUACCAUGACGACUGCCGGAUUCGAUCCGGAGACAAUAUUAAAAUCAGACAUCAGGGUACAUCUCACACUCUGUUUUUCAAGUCUGUUCGACCAGAACAUGCAGGACAGAUCCGAUUCACUGCAGAGCGGGUCUCAUCCCAUGCAACUCUGACUGUAACAGAGCUCCCAGUCCAAAUAACACGUCCCCUCAGGGUCAAGAUUGCCAUGUAUCAUCAUCGAGGCCUGCUAGAGUGCCAGGUGUCACGGCCAAAUGCUCAGGUCAGGUGGUACAAGAACAGGAAGGAGCUCCUCCCCUCCAAGAAGUAUCAGCUCAUCAGUCAAGAUAUCUACAGACAGCUGACCAUCGAAGAUGUGUGUUCCUCAGAUGAAGACACCUACACAUGUGAUGCAGGAGAUGACGAAACAUCAUGUCAGCUUCUAGUGGAGGAACAGGCUAUCUCUAUAGUACAGAAGAUGAAAUCGAUGGAGGUGAUGGAGCCACAGCCGGCACUAUUCCAGGUAGAAACAAACCUGAAGUCUGGAAGGCCCCCCCGGUGGACUUUGAAUGGGGAAGUGCUGGCGCCCUGUGCAGCGGUCAACAUUGGCAGAGACGGAACUCUCCAUAGCCUCUGCUUCACAAGCACAGACAGCUCCAUGUCCGGGCCUGUGGUGUUUGUGGCCGGGAAGAGCCGCUCCACCGCUCAGCUUAUGGUGAAAGAGAGACCUCUUCAGGUUGUGCACCACAUGGAUGACGUGGAGGCAAAGGAGAACAGCUCUGUGACUCUGAGCUGCGAGUUUUUCCCCUCUCCCAGGGUGGUGCGCUGGUUUAGAGGUCGUACACCUCUAAAAAUUUCAAACAAGUAUAGCGUAAAGAGAGAAGGGACACGAGCAGAGCUGACAAUUCACGGCCUGACAGGGAUGGAUGCAGGACAGUAUCGUUGCACAGCCGGAGGCUCCCAGAGCGCAGCACAGGUGAAGGUAGAAGUGAAAACUCUGAAGAUGGUCAAACAUCUCAAGCCAGUAGACAUCGAGGAAGACGGCAUUGCCACUUUCUCAUGUGAACUUAACUAUGUGGUUGCCAAUGUGGAGUGGCUCCUCAACAACAUUCGGCUUUAUUCCAAUGCCACCAGCAGGAUCCAGCACAUGGGAACGAUGCACAGCCUCAUUCUGAAGAAGCUGCGACCUCAAGAAAGCAGGAUCACUGUCAGAGCUGGCCUUCUCACAGAGACAACCACCCUUAAGGUCAAAGAGCGCCCAGCAGUGUUCCUCAAGUCUUUGGAGGAUGCAAUUGGAGAGGAGCAAGGAGAAGUUUGUUUGCAUUGUGAAGUUUCCAAAGAUUCAGUGACCCCUGUUUGGAAGAAAGACGGGAUGGUUUUGACGGCCGAUGAUAAACAUGAACUUCUGCAGUUUGGAAAGUCAAUGGCACUAAUCAUUCACUCACUAACCAAGGCCGAUGCUGGACAAUACACCUGCGACCUUGGCACCAGUCAGUCCAAGGCUAAAGUGGUGGUACAUGACCUACACAUCACCAUAGUUCAGCGUCUUAAGACAACAACAAUCCUUGAAGGAGAAAGCUGCACUUUUGAGUCUCAUCUCUCCCAUGAUCUUGAAGACGAGCCCUUCUGGACCAUCAAUGGGCAGCAGGUGGCCAUCAACGGCCGCAUUCAACUUAUCAACAAUGACCGAAUAUAUAAGAUGACCAUCAGAGAGGCUUUACUCACUGAUGCUGGAGAAGUUGUUUUCACCAUUAAAGAUAUAAGCUGUAGGACCAUGUUGUUUGUAAAAGAGAAACCAGUGCACAUUUUUCGGGAACUUCAAAAUGUCAAAGCUGUGCCUGGAGAGGAUGCAGAGCUAAACUGUGAAAUCACCAAACAAGGAGUUUCUAUACGCUGGUUGAAAAAUGGGCGCCUUCUCAAACAAAGUCCCAAGUAUGACAUGAGUGUGGAGAAGAACCUGGCGCGGCUGGUGGUCAAGAACGUGAGCAUCAGAGACUCUGGAGAGUACUGCUGUGAGGCUGAGGGCAUCGCCUCCCGUGCCAAGCUGGACAUCAGAGAACUCCAGCACACAUUUGCGAGGGAGCUGAGAGACACUCGAGCCGAGGAGAAGGGUAAGGUGACCCUGGAGUGUGAGACCUGGCGGCCUGCCAAACGCGUGACUUGGCUCAAAGGCAUGGUGGAGCUGAGGUCUGGGAGGAAGUAUGUCAUCAGGCAGAAAGGAGUAGUGCUAUCCCUAACCAUCACCUGUCUGGAGCCAUCCGACACAGAUAUUUACAUGUGUGACGUUGGUACCAUGCAGAGCCGGGCACAGCUGACAGUGCAGGGCCAGAAAGUUUUGAUCUUAGAAGAGCUGGAAGAUGCAGAGUGUCUCGAGGGUGACACAGUCACGUUUAAAUGUCGAAUUUGUCCCCAUGAUUACGCUGGGGUCAAGUGGUACCUGGAUGAGACUCUGCUUUACACCAAUGAGCUCAAUGAGAUCAAGAUGAUCACAGGAGGCUACCACACGCUAACGUUUACUCAGCUUGCACGCAAAGACACAGGAACUAUUUCCUUUUCAGCCGGAGACAAAAGAUCCUAUGCCUCACUGCUGGUCAGAGAAAGACGCCCCACUAUUACUAAGGCUCUGGAGGACUGUGAAGCCGUUGAAGGAGGUGGCUUGAUUUUGUCGUGUGUGACCUCUAAGCCGUGUCACAUCCUGUGGUACAAAGACGGAUGCCUGAUGUGGAAUUCCUCCAGAUACUUUGCCAGUCGCUCAGGAUGUGAGGCUCGGCUGACUAUUCGGGAGGUCUGCAGCACAGAUGCUGGGGUGUACGAGUGCAGCGCUGGAUCUGUCACAACUACGGCAGUGGUCACAGUCAAAGCCAUUCCUGCAGAGUUCACCCAGCCUCUAUCUACAAUGGAAGCCAGAGAAGGAGAAACAAUAACUUUAAUGUGCGAGUACUCUUUGCCUGGGGUCCAGUAUCAAUGGAGGAAAGGUUUCGAGAUGAUCAGACCUACAGACAGAUUUGUCAUGAAACAGAGGAAGACAGUUAUUUCUCUGACAAUCAAAGCCCUGAGGCUGGAGGACUCAGGGGAGUACAGAUGUCAGUGCAGAGAACACCACACAACAGCAAACCUGAAAGUACAGGCGAUUCCAAUCACAUUCACCAAACAUCUAAAGAACCUGCAGGCUGAGGAAGGUAGUAGUGUCAUCCUGCGUUGUGAGAUUUCCAAACCUGGAGUACCACUAGAAUGGAGAAAGGAGCAGGAACUCUUAAGGAACGGUGUGAAGUUUCAGAUAAGGAGAAGAGAGACAACCCAGGAGCUCCUGAUAUGGAGGCCUGUGCCAGAGGACAGUGGACUCUACAGCUGUGUUUGUGCUAAUCAGAUGACUUCGGCUACCGUUAAGAUCAGUGCUCUACCAGUAACUUUCAAGCAAAAGUUGAGGAACAUGUCGAUUGAGGAGGGAAGCACCGCAACGUUACGCUGUGAGCUGUCUAAACCUGGACACAGUGCAGAGUGGAGGAAACGAGGGAAUGAAGUGAUCCGGAAUGGAGAUAAGUACCACAUUAAGCAGUCAGACAUGCUUUUUACCCUGAAGAUUUUCAAUGUGACUCUGGAGGACAGUGAUGUCUACACGUGCACUUGUGGGGAUACUGAGACUUCUGCUACUCUAACAGUUAAUGCCCUUCCCAUUAAAUUCAAUCAAAAGCUGAAGAACGUUCAAGUGGAGGAGGGUCACAACAUCCAACUGCUCUGUCAGAUCUCCAUACCUGGUGCUCCAGUGGAGUGGAGGAUGGGAGGAGAGCCACUAGAGAACGGAGAAAAGUACCAGAUAAAGCAAAGAGAUGGCCUCCUGGAGCUGACGAUCAAUAAUGCUGUACCAGAGGACAGUGGCAUCUACAGCUGUGUGUGCAGGGACCAGAAAACAAAAGCCACUGUUAAAGUUGUUGCGGUUCCUGCCUCAUUCAAGGUGCCGCUUAAAAGUCAGGAAGCUGAAGAAGGGAAAAGUGUCACAUUAGUUUGUGAACUGUCAAAGUCAGGGGUUCGUGUUCAGUGGCUGAGGAAUGGAGUGGCGCUGUCUGAGGAGGAAAAGUACGAGAUGAAGCUUGACGGAAAGAAAGCUCUGAUGACCAUCAUGAAUGUGCAGCCAGAAGAUGCCGGAAGGUACAGCUGCAUUGUGGGAGAUGAGAAAACCACGGCGGAAAUUCGAGUGAAACCACUUCCUGUCACCUUCGAACGGGGGAUCCAGAGCCUGGUGGUAAUAGAAGGAGACUGUGGGACUUUUUGCUGCGAACUCUCCAAACCUGGAGCUCCAGUGCAGUGGAGAAAAAGUAAAGUCAUCUUGAAGCCUGGAGAGAAAUAUGACAUGAAGCAGGAGGGCCGUCUCACUCAACUUUUCAUCAACAACGUUGAGGAAAGUGAUGCUGGCAAAUACACCUGCAAGACCAAAGACAGCCUAUCGACAGCUGAGCUCAUCGUUCAAGCUUUACCACCAAAAUUCAAGACACCAUUAGUGAGCCAAGAGGCAACAGAGGGCAACAGCGUAGUUCUGCACUGUGAGCUUAACAAGCACGCUCCCUCUGUGGAGUGGAGGCGAGAAGGAGAGACGCUGAAGAAUGGGGACAAGUACCAGAUCAGGAAGAAGGACCUGCAGGCAGAGAUGAAAAUCACCGACCUCACCAUGGAAGACACCGGAGAUUAUUCCUGUGUUUGUGGAGAAGAGAGAACAACAGCGAGGAUUGAAGUUAAUGAACGGCCCAUCAAAUUCCUUCAAGAGCUGAGGGAUAUUCAGGUGCAGGAAGGAAAUGGAGUGACCCUUUGCUGCGAGCUCUCCAAAAUGGGGCUGCCAGUGCAGUGGAAGAAAGGAGAGAAAGUGCUGACCAUCGGAGAAAAAUACCAGAUGAAACAGAGUGGCUGCGUUCAGGAGCUUCUCAUCAGGAAAAGUCUGCCUGAAGACAGCGGCACGUACAGCUGCGAGUGUGACGACAUAAAAACGACAGCAACCGUCAUCAUAACAGCAAUUCCAGUGAGCUUCAAGCAGAAGUUGAAGAACCAGGAGGCCGUAGAGGAGAGUUGCUUGACUUUACACUGUGAGCUUUCUAAACCAGGAGUGGAAGUGGAGUGGAGGAGAGAUGCACAACUUCUGAAGGAGGGAGAAAAAUACCAAAUGAAACGGGAGGGUCGGGUGGCCGAAAUGCUGAUUAGAAAUGUAGCUCUAGCUGAUGCUGGGGAGUACAGCUGUUUUGCAGGGGCAGUCGGGACUUCUGCUGACAUCAAAGUUAGAGCCCUUCCUGUAACAUUCAGACGAGAGCUUGGAAACGUGGAGGUGAAGGAAGGAGACACUGGGGUUCUCUGUUGUGAGCUCUCCAAACCUGGAGCUCGGGUGGAAUGGAGAAAAGGUAGAGUCAUCCUGAAACCCGGUUACAAGUAUGAGAUGAAACAGGAAGGAUGUGUCACCAAGCUGCUUAUCAACAACAUUGAGGAGAGUGAUGCUGGGAAAUACAUCUGCAAGACGGAGGACAGCCAGUCAGCUGCUGAGCUCACAGUUAAAGCUCCACCUGUGAUUUUCAAAACAAAGCUGAGGAACCAGCAGGUGGAGGAGGAGAGCAGUGUAAUGCUGAGCUGUGAGCUUUCCAAGCCUGGCCUCGCCGUGGAGUGGAGGAAAGGAAAGGAGCUGCUCACCAACGACUUCAAGUACCAGAUCAAAAACCGAAACGGUGUCAUGGAGCUGAUCAUCAAAAAUGCACAGCUGGAUGACAGUGGACUCUACAGUUGUGUCCAUGGAGACGCCAAGACCACAGCCAAUGUUACCAUCACAUCCAUCCCCCUCACCUUUAAAAUGGGCCUAAAGAACCAGGAGGCCCCCGAAGGAGGAAACGUGUGCUUACGCUGUGAGCUGUCCCGGGCUGGUGUGCCGGUGCAGUGGUGGAAGGGAGAAGAUCAGCUGAGUCAUGGGGGAAGGUUUCAGAUGAGUCAGAAAGGGAAGACAGCUGAGAUGACCAUCCGAAGCAUCCAGCCGGAGGAUGUUGGAGAAUACAGCUGCGUCUUUGGUGGCCAGAAAACGACAGCGGAAGUGAACGUCAGAGCGGCUGCGUCGGUUUUCUUUGAGAAAGAACUGGAGAGCCAAGCGGUGAUGGAGGGAAAACCUGUCCUGCUUUCUUGUGAGGUCUCCAGUGCCAACGUCCCGGUCACCUGGAGGAAAGACAACACUGUGAUGGAAGCAGGAGGUCGAUACAUUUUAAAGAAAAAAGGAUCUAUACACACUCUCGAGAUCAAUAACUUACAACCAGAGGAUGCUGGGGAGUACUGCUGUGUGAGCAGAGGCAAGAAGACCACCGCCAAGCUGGUUGUAAGAGAGCGCGUUCAGAUAGUCAAGGAGCUUCAGGACAUUAGAGUGACAGCUGGAGAGGACGCUGUGUUUGUGUGUGAGCUGAGCCACUCAGAUGUAAGUGAAGGUGCCUGGUGGCUUGGAUCCAGCCCUCUGCAGAAGAACGAGAUGAAUCAAAUGACAUGCCACGGUCGCCAGCACCGCCUGGUCCUCAGCAUGACAACACCUGAGGAAACGGGGAUCGUGACGUUUGUCGUUGGUGAUGAGAAAACCUCGGCGCGUCUGUUAGUUGUUCCUAAGCCCAAAGUUUUGUUUGAGGAGAAGCCCAAAGAUGUUGCUGUAAUAGAAGGAGAAACAGCCAGCUUGUGUUGCACCACCUCUGACCUUACCUCCUUGGUCACCUGGAGACGCCACCAAGUUCCCCUUCAAAAUAGUGAUAAAUAUGAGAUGCAGAAGAAAGGAAAAGUCAACCUGCUCCUUAUUCAUGAUGUAGAGCCUCAAGAUACUGGCUCUUACAUUUGUGAUACAGGGGAUGAACAGAGCAGCGUCAAACUUACAGUAACAGAGCUUCCUCCAUUUUUCCAAGAGGAGCUUCAGAAUGUGGAAGCAGAAGAAGGAGGUUCAGCCUCUUUGUACUGCGAGCUCUCCAAACUGGGUGUUCCUAUUCAGUGGAAGAAGGACAGACUGCCACUAAAAGCAUGCAGGAAAUAUGAGAUGAGGCAGGACGGCUGCUUCCUUCAGCUUUACAUCAAAGAGUUGAAGCUUGAGGACAGUGGAACCUACUCCUGUCAAGCCGGAAGCGCAGAGACCCUUGCGUCUCUGCGGGUUAAAGAGCCUCCGCCGUUCUUUAAUAAAGAACUGAGAAAUGUCGUAGCCGAUGAAGGAGGGACGGCCAUACUGACGUGUGAAAUGUCCAAAGCUGGUGUCUCUGUGCAGUGGAAGAAAAACAAGAUGAUUCUUAAAGCAAACAGAAAGUAUGAAAUGAAACAGGAGGGUUGUCUCCACCUGCUUCAUAUCAAUGAGCUCAGUCCUGCAGAUGGUGGAACGUACACAUGUCAGGCAGGAAGGGCAGAAACAACUGCAAAUGUCACAGUGAAAGAGCUGCCUCCGUAUUUCAGAAGACGCCUGCAGAACACAGAAGCUGAGGAGGGAGGUACCGUCUCUCUGUGCUGUGAAGUGUCUAAGCAUGGAGUGUCAGUGCAGUGGAAGAAGAACAAACUGCCUCUGAGAGCCAGCAGGAAGUGUGAGAUGAAGCAGGACGGCUGCAUUGUCCAGCUCCACCUGAAGAACCUCACUCUGGAGGACAGUGGCAGCUACAGCUGUCAGGCAGACAAUGCAGAGACGUCAGCACAUCUAUCAGUGAAAGAGCUUACUCCAUUUUUUAAACAAGACCUGAAGGACGUGGCUGUUCAGGAGGGAAGUACAACCUCUCUGUGCUGUGAGGUGUCUAAAGCAGGGCUUCCAGUACAAUGGAAGAAGAACAGACUGCCUCUAAGAGAGAACAAGAAGUACACAAUGGAGCACAACGGCUGCUUCCUCCAGCUCCAAAUCAAAGAUGCUACACCUGAAGAUGGUGGCAGCUACUCGUGUCAAGCUGGAACUGCAGUUACCACGGCAACAGUUACAGUGAAAGAGCUUCCUCCCUUCUUUAAAGAAAAGUUGGUCAACGUGGAAGUGGAGGAGGGAGGUACAGUCUCACUGAGCUGUGAAGUGUCCAAACCAGGAGCUUCAGUUCAGUGGAAAAAGAACAAGACGCCGCUGAGAGCCAACAAGAAAUAUGAGGUGAAGCAGGACGGCUGCAUCGUCCAGCUCCACAUCAAGGAGGUCAAAGCUGAGGACAGUGGAAGCUACAUCUGUCAAGCAGGAAGUGCAGAGACUGCUGCCACUGUGUCAGUGAAAGAGGUCCCACCAUUUUUCAAGAAAGAAUUACAAAGCAUAGAAGCUGAGGAGGGAGGUACCGUCUCUCUAUGCUGUGAAGUGUCUAAGCAUGGAGUGUCAGUGCAGUGGAAGAAGAACAAACUGCCUCUGAGAGCCAGCAGGAAGUGUGAGAUGAAGCAGGACGGCUGCAUUGUCCAGCUCCACCUGAAGAACCUCACUCUGGAGGACAGUGGCAGCUACAGCUGUCAGGCAGACAAUGCAGAGACGUCAGCACAUCUAUCAGUGAAAGAGCUUACUCCAUUUUUUAAACAAGACCUGAAGGACGUGGCUGUUCAGGAGGGAAGUACAACCUCUCUGUGCUGUGAGGUGUCUAAAGCAGGGCUUCCAGUACAAUGGAAGAAGAACAGACUGCCUCUAAGAGAGAACAGGAAGUACACAAUGGAGCACAACGGCUGCUUCCUCCAGCUCCAAAUCAAAGAUGCUACACCUGAAGAUGGUGGCAGCUACUCGUGUCAAGCUGGAACUGCAGUUACCACGGCAACAGUUACAGUGAAAGAGCUUCCUCCCUUCUUUAAAGAAAAGUUGGUCAACGUGGAAGUGGAGGAGGGAGGUACAGUCUCACUGAGCUGUGAAGUGUCCAAACCAGGAGCUUCAGUUCAGUGGAAAAAGAACAAGACGCCGCUGAGAGCCAACAAGAAAUAUGAGGUGAAGCAGGACGGCUGCAUCGUCCAGCUCCACAUCAAGGAGGUCAAAGCUGAGGACAGUGGAAGCUACAUCUGUCAAGCAGGAAGUGCAGAGACUGCUGCCACUGUGUCAGUGAAAGAGGUCCCACCGUUUUUCAAGAAAGAAUUACAAAGCAUAGGAGCUGAGGAGGGAGGUACCGUCGCUCUCUGCUGUGAAGUGUCUAAGCCUGGAGUGUCGGUGCAGUGGAAGAAGAACAAACUGCCUCUGAGAGCCAGCAGGAAGUGUGAGAUGAAGCAGGACGGCUGCAUCGUCCAGCUCACUAUCAAGGAGCUUCAGCCUGAGGACAGUGGCAGGUACUCCUGCCAUGUUGGAAGUGUGGAGACCUUUGCAUUUGUUCAAGUAAAAGCAACACCACAGAUUGAACAAAAGUCAGCACCUCCUCCACUACUGCCCCGGUUAAAAGGAAAUGUUUCUAUGCCAGUGCCUGUGAAUGAAAAAGCUCAUCCAUCAGAGCUCAACUCUGUCCCUCCUGAGCCAAAAAAGAGGUCUUACAGGAGAGCAUCUUUUGCAAAUUCAGAAAAAGAUGAGGAGUCAGUUUCUACUUUCUACUUUAAAGCAGCUUUGCUGAAGGAGAAAAAUGAAGUCCAAUCACGCAUCCAGCCAACGGACAGAAACGCUGACGCUGAGCAGGAUCUAAGCAAAGUGGAGAGAAACAAAGAGGAAGAGAAUGAGAUGCAUAAGAAAGAUGGAAGGGCACAACCUACUAAGGAUUGCAGGGAUGUCAGAAAGGUUGAAGAAACACCAAGAGCUUUGGAGACAAAAAACGAAACCUUGCUAGAAGGACGACAACCAGGAGAGAAGUUAAACGAAUUACUUAAAUCUGGCUUUGAAGUCGGUCAACCAAAAAGGAUUCUAGGCAAAAGUGAGGUCAAACUGAAAGAAAACGAAGAGGAACAUAAAAGUGAUGAGAAAUUGAAGCAGAAAAGAACAAAAUUAGAAGAAUUAAACAAAUCCAGGCUGCAGGAGAAACAACCUGGGUUUACGAUGUUUGAUGAGAGGCAGGACAAGGAAGAACAUGUGAAAGUACAAGGUAUCUCAGGAAAGAGAGAAACAAAUCCAAAAGCGAUAGAAAAUAAAGAAAAUUUAGAUGAAACUUUAAAAACGCCAGAAAGAUUUAAGGUGAAGGUAACGGAUGGAGAACAGUCGGUCAAAACUUGUUCAGAAGUACCUCAGAAAAAUGUUCACCAUGUAAAAAAAGGUACGACGAAUGAUUCAGAAACAGAGCACAAGCAUGCAGAAGUGUCCUCAGUGAAUCAGCAAGACGAACAGUCCACAGAACGACCAGAAAGGUUGGAUGAGAAGAUGGUAGACUUUGCCUCUCCAAAGGCACCAAAAAGAACAAAAAGCAAAGAAAGAAAACAGUUAUCAAGAGAUACAGAGAUGAAUCAAGAAGAUCGGCCGAUUAAUAAGUCAACUGAGGAAAGGAUGGGAAAACAGUUCAAAGAGCCGAUGAGAAAAGAGUCUGAGGAGAAACUAAGAUUACAGAGCAACCAGGCUGUCACAACAGACAGUCCAACAGAUGAAAAAAUAAAGCAGCCAAUAAAACAGAGAGUAAAACCUAUGCCAAAGGAACCAGAUAAGGCAGAGGAAAUUAGGCUGCCGCUUGAGACGACAAGAGCAAGUGAACAACUACCAACCCCAGAGAUCCCUCUCCUGUUCACUUCUGAGGAUGAAACCUUCUCUGAAGCGCUAGUGGAGCUGCCACCUGUCCAGCUUCCGGCCUUCGAAGCUGAGAGUCGAAAGGAACAUCUGCCUCCUGAGAGGACAGAACCUCCUGAGGUUUCUUCUGAGGUCAACUUUGAGGAUGAACCGCAAAUGAAAGAGGCUGCCGUCAAGAUCCAGGCUGCCUUCAAAGGCUACAAGACCCGCAAGGAGAUGCGGCCGCUGUUCAAGGACGUUUUCAAGACCCAAAACGCAGACCUUCAUGGUACCCUGAUUCUAAAAUGCACUGUAGAGGGAAAACCCAGCAGUGUGCGCUGGUUAAAAAAUGGCCAGCACAUCACCAACGAUCAGCGAUGCCAGAUUACAACUGCAGAGAACGGCGAAUGCACACUUGUCGUUAAAAACUUGAUCAACAGUGACAGUGGGAUUUAUACGUGUGAGGUGGCAAACACAUUUGGUUCGGUUUCCUACAAUGGUAACAUCACUGUGGUAAAGCCAGGGCAGCCUGCAGCACAGGUGCCCAUACAUCCACCCCUUGCAGCUAUAACUCCUUUACAGCUCGCCCCGUCAAAACCUGAACCUCAGGUCCAAACCCAUGAAGCACAAGCGCCCACCUCAGUCACCGGGACUGCAAGUUUUGUGGAGAGCAUUUCCCUGUGGGAGACCUACAACCUGACAGAGCCAGCAACAAGACUGCAGGAGAGGAGACAGUCCUCACUACUUGCUGUCAGCUCCUUGUCGAGUCCAUCCGAUUAUGAAACGGCUCCAGAUGCGAUGGAGCCUCCUGAAACUAGGCCAGUCCUGCCCAGGGAGGUAUCCAAACCUGCAGAUGAAUGUGCUCUAAAUGAGAAGGAGAAGAUCUCAGCCCCACAACCUCUCAAGAAACUAUUGAAAGUUGAAGGGCUGCAAGAAAGUAAAUUAAAGACACCCUCUCCAAAACAACGGCGAGCACACACCCCCAUGACCAGCACCGUGUCUGGAUCUGAGUCAGAGGAGGAAGGCGACAGGCGAGAGAUCUUUGAAAUCUACGUGGCUCGAGCCGACUGCAGCCCCACUACUGGAAACAAGGACAGUUUUAUUUUGAAGGAGGGACAGUUUGUGGAGGUCCUGGACUCUGUUCAUCCCGAUAGAUGGUUGGUGAAAACCAAACCCACAAAAACGAACCCUGCUCGACAGGGCUGGCUGUGUCCAGCCUAUCUGGAGAAGAAAAGAAAGGAGACGUUUCUACCUUUGAGGCCACAUCAAGAGGAUCUUGAUGGAAUCGGGUCGUCAGGAGAAGAAUACAGGAGAGCUCUGAGUCAGCUGAUCCAAGGCCUAAUUGAUGGAGAAGAUGAGUUUGUAAGAGCUAUGAGGACUUUUAUCUCCAACCAGCUCAUCCUCCUGGAAUCCAGGCAUCAGGUCCCGGUCAACGUUCUCAGUCAGAAAGAAAUCAUUUUCAGGAACGUCAAGGACAUCGUACUUUUACAUGAAAGCUCCAUCCUUCCCGCUUUGAGAGGGUGCGCCACAGACGAUGACGUCGCCGCUCUUCUGAUCAAGCACCGAGAAGAUUUUGAGAAGUAUCUUCUCUACAUGGGGGGCCAGGCACAGGCUGAGGCCUGCAUCAGUGACAAGGCUGUCCAGCAGUGUUUCAAAGAGUUAAUAGGACCAGAGAAGCUCGGUUCCUCGGUUAUGGGUGUUCUUACCUUCCUUCAACAACCAGGAGAGAGGAUUCAAACUUACCAAGCUUUGUUAAAGGAGUUGAUCAAGAACAAAGCUAAAAGUGGCCAAAGCUGCUACCUGUUGGAAGAUGCUUUCUCUUUGGUGUCCUGCUUGCCUUGGAGGUCUAACAACCUGCACCAGGUGUCUCUCAUCGAGAACUACCCAGCCCCUCUUACUGCUCUGGGUGAGCCUGUGCGACAGGGAGUUUUCACAGUGAGAGAAGAAUCUCCAGAGAUAAAAGCAGCCGCUAGAGGGCAUCAGAGGCAAGUCUUUCUUUUUAAGGAGUGUGUUGUGCUGUGUAAACUGAAGAAAGACUCCAACAUGAGCAAAGAUACUUACGCCUUUAAGAACAAGAUGAAGCUGAAUGAUGUGGAGAUACGAGAGUCUGUAGGUGGAGAUGAAAGGUCUUGGGGCUUGUGGCAUGAGCACAGAGGCUCCAUUCGCAGAUACAUUCUCCAGGCCCCCUCCUCAUUGGUUAAGCUGUCCUGGCUGAAGGACCUAAAGGAGCUUCAACAACGCUGCAGCCUCCACACCAACUGCUCACCAGUUUUUGAGUCACAGCUGUUGGACUUUGUUGCAAAAAUAGGUCAAACUAUUAAACUGACCUGCAGAGUCUCUGGAUCUCCAAAACCCCUCAUCAGUUGGAUUAAAGACGGUCUUCCUUUGGAGGACGACCCACGUCACAUCAUCACAACUGACCGCUCAGGAAGGUGCAAUCUGAUUCUGGACAGUCUCUCUCCUGAGGACUCUGGACAGUAUUUGUGCUACGCUACGAGCUGCAUGGGUAGUGCUGGCACUCUGGCUAAGGUGGUGGUGCAGGCUCCACCCAGGUUUGUGAGUCGAUUGGAGAGUGCUUGCCUGAUAGAAGGAGAGGAUACUCAGUUUUGUUGUUCCACGUUUCCUAUUCCUUUACCACGGGUCAGGUGGCUGAAAGAUGGCAAAGAGCUGACUGACCAGCAAAAAUACACCAUAGUAAGUGAUGCUCGGAGUGGUAUUUUAUCUCUGACGGUCGUCGGGGCUACAGAGGCUGAUAUUGGACAGUAUGAGUGUGAGCUUUGGAAUGAACUUGGCUGCGUGAAGUGUAAGGCGGGCCUUUGUCCUGCCUUUGUCCCACCGACUGACAGUGAGAAGGACCAGCCCCAUGACUUACCUGCUAAAGAUGCUGACUCAGAGGGCUGGUCCGCUGCUUUUGUAAAAAAAUGGUUACAGACUGAUUUUAGCCCCGCCUCCAUUGCAAAGAAGAUUUUUCCACUGGGAUACUCUGAACAUCCAGAGUACAGUUCUGAAGCAGAAGCCUUUGCAUCGCAGCAGCAUUUUCUUUAUCUAGAAGAGGAAGAGGAGGAGAUCUACAUCUCAGAGCAGAUGCAGGAAAUAACUGAUGCUCCUCCCUCCAUCCAGGUACCCACUGAGGACCUGUGUGUGCAACCUGGGCAACCAGCGACAUUUACAGCAAUCGUGACAGGAAGACCUGCUCCAAAGAUACAGUGGUUCAAGGAUGGAGGGGUGCUCAUGGCGAAUGAGAAUGUAAAGAUAGUGCAACACGGUGCUCGUUGCUCCCUGACCGUAGUGUGCAGUGAGGGUGAGGACAGUGGCAUUUACACCUGUUACGCUCACAAUGACUCUGGCCAGGCCUCCUGUGAAGCGCAGCUCACCGUUGAAGAGGGUCCACUCGAGUCUCAGGAGAGAGAGGUGGAGCUGGGCAAAAGAAGAAAGCUUUUCUCCGUAUAUGAUGUCCACGAGGAGAUUGGAAGGGGAACAUUUGGGGUGGUGAAGCGUGUCAUUCACAGACGGACAGGUGAAGUCUUUGCUGCCAAGUUUCUGCCUCUGCGGAGCAGCACUCGCACCAGAGCCUUUCAGGAGAGGGACUUGCUCUCCCGCCUGGCUCAUCCCCGGAUCGCCUGUCUGCUGGAUUUCUUCUGCACUAGGCGCACGCUGGUCCUGAUCUCAGAAAUGUGUUGCUCUCAUGGACUCCUGGAUCACUUGUUACUGCAAAGCUCUGUCUCAGAGAAAGAGAUUCAGUCCUAUAUCCAACAAAUUCUUGAAGGAGUUGGGCACAUUCACAGCAUGAACAUUUUGCAUCUUGACAUUAAGCCUGAUAAUAUUUUAAUGGUUUAUCCUCCACGAGAUGAGAUCAAGAUCUGCGACUUUGGCUUCUGCCAGGAAAUAGACGCGUCCCGACACCAGUAUAGUAUGUUUGGCACACCGGAGUUUGUUGCACCUGAAAUUGUUCACCAAGAACCUGUCACUGUGGCCUCUGAUAUCUGGGCUGUGGGUGUUGUAACAUACCUGUGUCUGGUGGGCCGAUGCCCUUUUGUUGGAGACACUGACCGUGCAACGUUGCUGAUGGUUGGGGAGGGAACUCUAAACUGGGACACUCCGGACGUUAACGGCAGAAGUUCUGAAGCCAAGAAGUUUCUUCGCAUGCUCCUUCAACCAGAUCCAGAGAAGCGACCGUCUGCCAUGGACUGUUUGAGCCAUGAGUGGUUCCAGGAUGAAAGUGCUGGAGAAGACACAGAUAAAAUUAACACGAGGAGUCUAAAAGUCUUCAUCUCUAAACGGAAAUGGCAGCGUUCUUUGACGUGCAUCGGUUCCGUUCUCACGCUCAGACCUCUUCCUGAGCUGCUGGAUGCUCCUCUCAGAGAGACUUCUGUGACAGUUCCCAGAGAUCCGCAGGCGCACAGCAGCACCUCCCUGAGCAGCGGCUCCUCGUCUGAAUACGAUGAAGCCGACUCUUGGGACUUCUUCCAGCACUGCAGCCAGACAGAGGAAGAGGUGGAAACAGACGAGGAGUUUGAUCCUAUGGCGGAGAGGGCACAAAUUCCAGAGCCAUUUUCUAAAUACCACUUUGGUGGGGAGGACGAUGAAGGCACACUUGGGGAGGAAGAGGAUGAGGAGAUGUUGGAAAGGAGGAGUGGAAUGGAGCGAAGUAUCAGCAGACAGUCAUUUGCUUCUUCAACAACAACAGAUCAAGGAACCCCUCAAAGAGAGCGUCGCUUCAGCAAAGACAGCAAUCCCUCCCUUUAUCUUUCUGAAGGGGACGAGGGUUCGGGCAGUGAUGGAGGACGCAUUCCGCGAGGGAGCCUAAUCUGCAGCACCUUUUACAACACCUCCCAACAACUUUCACCCAUGUCUGCCAGACACAUGACGCUAAGGGACAAAUUCCAGGCAAAGAAGCAGGAGAGAGGCCGGAAGCCCCUCAGGAGGAGCUUCUCAGGUCGCCUCAAUGAGCCUCUCAUCGAAUAUGUGGAGGACGAAACAGAAACGGGUCGUGCUCAAAGGCGGGGAUCCGUCCAGCCCGCCAUGCAGAAGUCCUGCUCCUUUGACAGUGGAGUGAGCCUUGCCCAUGUUAAUCUACCACCUCACAGAAGGAGUCGGUCUCUGGAUGAAUAUUCACGAAGAUCUCCCUCGUCACCAAUUCACGUCAGGAGAAGUGAUGAAGAGGGGACUCAGAGCAUGAAGGAGGACUUCACAGAUUCUGACGCGGCAGGGAGAUCCCUGCCAUCUGUGGUGCACUCUCAGCGAGCAUCAAGAAGGAGAGGUUCUGUCACUCCGGGACAAAGGAGUCAGACUCUGAGUGGAUCAUCUCCAGCCUCAGAUGUCAUUGCUGGAGGCAGAAUGGGGUCCAGACUGGAGCAGGCUCAGACAGAGGAAGAAGCUUUCACUGGCUCCCAAGGCUCUCUGGCGGAGUCAUUCAUUCUGGCGCAUGGCGGCUCCGAGUCCUCAAGCCGACUGGGCUCAUUUGAGAAGCUGAGUCAUGGCCACCUGAGAGAAAACUACAGAUCCGGGGAGAGUGAUGGAUAUGAUGAACAGGCCGAGCUCCUCCUUCCACCGCCUCCAAGCUCAUUUCAUCGAGUAACACCCAGAAACUCAGUGCCUAAAGCACCACCGCGUAAUCGCACACGCUCUAACCCUAAUCUAUCUAACAGCAGGGGUCAAUCUGGGACACCAAGCCCAAGUCCCAGCCUCUGCUCUCUACAGACUCCAGACAGACCUCCAAGAGCCCGGGACAGAAAAGACGGCCUUCAGAGACAUGCUUCUGCUCCAGCCCUUGAAGCUCCACCGCCUUCAGGAAAGUCCCCAAAACUGGGAAUCCUCAAGUUUUUCCGCAGGCAGUCCUGGACCGGUCAUUCCUACUCCCAGCUGGAUAACACAGAGUUAGGCCCCACACUUGGAGAAAUCAUGAAACCUGACACCCCCACUAUGUCUUUGAGGAAGAAGAUGAAAGCCUCAGCAUCCAGCCUCACCAAACUGUUUUCAAAGUCGUCUAGUAAGGAGGAUUUGAGUAAAGGAGGACCCAUAGUGAAAGGAUCUGAUCUGAUCCCACCUGAAAGAGACAGCAGAAGUUCCCUGGACAAGAAAAGUUCAAAGAUGUUUGCAUCUUUUAAAAUUCCAUCAUUUAAGAAAGCACAAGUUCGUCCCAACAAGCCCGAGGUGCUGCAGUUACACAGAGGUGGGGUUCUGCUGGUGUGGAGGCCCGUUCGGUCCAGCGAUCCCGUCAGUUACUGCGUGCAGUACUGCACAGACGGUGGGGAAUGGACAAUCCUGGCUGAUCAGGUGACCGACAGCUGCUAUGCAGUAAAGGACUUACCCAGAGGGGCUUCUUAUGUGUUCAGGGUGGGGUGCAUCACCAAAACAGCAUCAGGACCUUUCAGUGAGGCAUCAUCCCCUGUCGUCAUGGCGACUCACCCUGAAGAGGUCCUCAUUCCUCUCGUUCAGAUUGAAUCACUUGAGUCAAAGGUCACCGUAGGAGAAGGUCAGACGUCAAAGAAGAGCUACAGCUUCCUGUCUGAGAUCAACAGGGGUCGUUUCAGUGUACUCACCUUGUGCAGGGACGCUGAAACCAGCCACGUGUUUGCUGCUAAGAUCACGUCUUACCAGUCAGAGCAAAGACAGCUGGUUUUACGGGAAUACCAGCUGUUGAGGAGACUCCAUCACUCUCACCUUGUUCAGCUACAGGAUGCCCUCAUUGCCCCGUCCCAUGUGGUUUUGGUGGAAGAGCUGUGUCCUGGCAAGGAGCUGCUCCACAGUCUGGCUGCCAGAGAUCUGUAUGCGGAGACCCAUGUCACAGAGUUGCUGGUUCAGAUCCUCAGUGCAGUCGACUACCUUCACAGCCGGCGGGUCGUCCACCUGGACCUGAAAUCUGACAACAUGCUGGUGGACGACUGCAACCACCUGAAGAUUGUGGACUUUGGCUCCGCCCAGUGCUUCGUACCCGGACAGCCCCUUCACAUCGAGCACAUCCACGGCAUCUCCGACAGCAAAGACUGCCGCAGAAAAGGUAUACUUUCAUUCAGGGAAGAUGGAUUGAUGGGUGGAAAUAACUCGACUAAACUUCAUCCAGAUGAUCCUGGCUCCCAUAACCUAACACGCACAAUCUAUAUUGUUCUUCCUAAAGCUCCUGAAAUCCUGGAGGGUCAGGGUGUGGGUCCUGAGACAGAUGUGUGGGCUAUUGGAGUUCUGUCGUUCAUCAUGCUGAGCGCUGACAGCCCGUUUGAGGCAGACCACAGCUGGGAGCAGGACAAACAUAUCAAGAAAGGGAAGAUCCAGUUUGGAUGCUGCUACCCGGGUCUUUCCGAGGGAGCCUUAACCUUCAUGAAGAGCAGCCUGAACAACAAACCCUGGGGAAGACCCACUGCCGCAGAGUGUCUCCAGAACCCGUGGCUGCGGGCCCAUCGGGCCACGCACAGAGCCAGGUACUCCAAAGUGUGUUUCUCCACAGACAAACUCAAAGCUUACCUCGAGCAGAAGGAGGAGAAACGAGAUCAGGUGCGCACAAAGAUUCACAUCCCCCUCCGCUUGUAGAACAACAACGCCAGACGUGAAAAGUUUCUCCUCAACUGUGUUCUCCUGAAACAUCUGAAAAUCUGUUUUUCGUGUCUCUUAUUUCAAAAUGGGUCUUAAGAAGUUUCCUGAGCAUUGGAAGAGAGUUUGUUUGCAUUUUUUAUGCUUUGAUUUAAAAGAAAAAUAUCAGGGAUGAAGCUUUGCUGAAAUUCAGGCUGCACAGCAACGCAUGAGGCUUCAGACAGUGACGCAGUACUUUAAUGCAAAAAUCUGAAAAGUAUGCAUGUUUUCUUUUCUUUGAAGAGAAAUAUAGUUAAACAUUUUUAAACUUUGCAUGACCUGUCAUUUAUUUUAAAACAAUAGAAACUUGGAGGUUUUCUUCAAUUCUUUAAAGCUUUUGUGGGUGAAUCGCCCAUCCCUGUACACCCAAAAAGGAAAAAUAAAUAUUUAUUAAAAGUC